CCAGGGCAGCGCUUUACCCGUUACCGUUAAAAUGCUCAAGCCUAGAAAGAAACGGAAGAGUGAAGAGAUGGAUGAGGAUUUUGUGAAAAGCGAGAACAAGAAAAACACCAAACUUGCUGUGACCGAUUCACCUUCUACAAGCAACAAGAAAACGACGUCUACCACGCAGUCAUUCAGAAAAGAAUACUCCUUAAGAAAGCAAAAAUCUACUUCAAGUAAAACCUCAGAUAAAAAGAAAGACGGAACCCUACAAAAAAUUGGAGAUUUUUUUCAAAGUUCUCCUACUAUUAUUCACUCUAAAGCAAAGAAACUGAUGGCAACAUUAAGCUCUCCCAAGUCUGCAGAACCAGAAAGAGUCAAAGAAAAUGAGCUCAAGCCAAAACGAGCCAAGAGAAAGCUGUAUUCAACUGACAUUUCUUCCCCUCUAGAUAUCCCCCCUUCUUCAGUCUUUAUAGACCAAAAAGAGAAGGAGAGUGAUCAUCUAAUCAUCAAGCGACGGCUACGAUCAAAACCAGCAAAAUAAUCUUGCAGCAACGUGUUUGUAUUUCCUGGUUGGGGCAUAUUCCUGUUUUAUCUGUUACUUCCUAUAAUAUUUAGUCACGCUCCCAAGUCUGUAUAUAAGAUGUAUAGAUUUGACCUGGUGGUUUCCAGUUCUGACUCUAUUAAAGCUGAAAUACUGCUCAAAAAA